CUUCGUGAUAAACGAUUCGGAGGCGAUCCGUCCAGAGUCGCUGCGCAAAUCCGCGACUUGUUUCCAACGCCGACGCCGACGCCACCACGACCUGAAAAAGGGGAAGGAAACGUCAAAGAGAGCAACAACAUUGACGCGCGUCUCGGAAACUCUCGUCGAUCUCCCACUUAAAAUGUUAUACACGGGCGCCAGGAAGCUUACCAAUGUAAACUGACGUAAACAGAUAAGCGAGAGUGGAUUCUCGGGUCUCGACAGGUUCUCGGAACGGUGGGCCUCAUGUACUGGAAUAGGACGACGACCGGGACGUCGGCCGUGCGGGAGGAGAUGCCCCUGAGCUCGAUAAGUCACGUCGCGAGUACAGCCACGGCGGAGAGCGUGAAUCCUGGGACGAACGCGCAGAUCACGUCCACCUGCUGCACUCCACCGCCGUCCUACCACAACAUCAAUCUGCCUCUCGGACACCCCUCCACGUUGACCAACGAACGCGGAGAGCCGCCCUCGUACGAGGAAGCGAUAGAUCCAAAUGCGCCACCGCCGUCUUACGAUUCGUUGUUCGGUCGUAUGAGAGAGGCACGUAAAAUAUCUAAAGGCAUAUUCGAUUUCCUGAAAAAUAUCAUUUGCCUUCUCCUGGGUACAAUUGGAUGUACCAUCAUUCUCGGAAUAACGAUACUGGUACCAAUUUGCAUGAUGGUGAUAGGUGGACUGUAUCUUUACGACUGUCCACAGGGUGAAUACAUUCCCGUAUACUUGUUAGUAGGUGGUGGAUUUGGAGUAUUUAAGCAAUUGUUAACUUUGUCAGCCAGAGUACGACAACGUCAAGAGGAGAGAGACGAAGAAAGAAUCAGACAGUCGCCUCUACAGACUCUGAUCAAUUGCUUUAUGCUCGGAUGGUUCAUUAUUGGUUCUAUGUGGGUAUAUAAGGAAUACGAACCAAAUUAUGAUCCAGCAUUAGGAAAGUAUUGCAAUAAAACAUUGUACUUAUUCGCCUUUUGGCUGAUCACGUCAGUCUACAUAUACCUAGGUAUCUUAACGGCCGGUCUAUGCAGCAUUUCCGUAGCUAGCAUAGCGUUUCAGAGACCACCGCCGGAUUUGAUGCGAGAUUUAAGUGUGGCUUAAUCAUUUUGCGUUCACAUCCACGAAAUGAUAUACAUCUAGGAUCUUCUGUAUUUAAUACAUACGUAUUUAUCGAUAAAAAGAAAAAAAAUAUCCCAUGUGUGUGGACGCAAAGCGCGCAUAUGGUUUUUCAUCUCUCAUGGAAAUACUCCGAUCGAUAAAAUACGAAAAGAACGAAGAGCUGCUCAUUCUUUCAAGAAUAAUAGAUUGAAGAUAGAUUGAUUAUUAUUAGCUUGAAAGAGUUUAAGUAUGGAAAGCUCCCAUUUGUAUAUAAAUUCGGAUCUAUACACGUAAUAAGCGGAAAAGAAAUCUCCUUUUUGGGAGCAAAACAAUAAAAGUCACACUCGCUAAGGAUGGCGCAACAUCGUCCACAGAGUCGCUUCACAAAGGGCGCAAAAAUUUCGUCCAUCUUUUACGUACCUGAGAUGCUUAAACGAUUAUUUCGGAGAAAAUCGUUGGCACGUUAAACGCACAUAGAAUAUUCACGCACGUGCAAAUUGCGUGCGCACGGUACGAAUUUCAGACAAGGAUCGUUCAAACGACUAUUCAUGACUAAGCGCGAUUAUUCACGUAAUUACUCAAUUUUUGUCGCAGGACAUUCGUGACGUUAUACGAGAGAUUCGGAGAAAAUAAUAUAAUACAUCGAAGUAAGUUUUCUCUUAAUAGCCUCUCGACGAAGAAACGAAGGGAUGGCGAGAGAAAGCAAAGUCAAACUUCGACCGGCUGUGUAAAUGUCGCGUAUUAUUCGCGAAUUUUUUAUCUUGUGCCAAGUGGACGCGGAGUCGCAGACCAAAUUAUUUUGCUAUCACCAAGUGUUGCUCGCGUCAGUGCGCUCUACGGUUUCUAUUAAAUUUGUUAUAAAUUCGUCCGAGAAGGCAGGAAUUUAAUGCAAAUUCGCGGCGACUACGCUUACACAGCGACGCUUUGACGACGGUCUAACAUAAUUCUACGAUAAAUGUUAGUCAUCGCACAUCUUUCUCUCGAUAUACUUAUCUCUGUUAAGCACUUUACGGACUUGACUACAUAUUAACGUACGCACUUCGCUGGUUCGUAACUUAUUGUUAAAAGACUGCGAACUUGCGCGUGACAAUUUCUCUAUAUUUAUUCUGCCCUCUCUCCUCCGUCCUUUUAUGCUUCUCAUCUCCAUUAGACCUUUACGUCUCGAUACAAUUUGCAUUCGUUUUUCUAUAAAAAAAAAUAAUAAGUAGCGUAAUAUGCGAUUAAAAAGAUAGGAUGUUUUUUUUUAUUCGAAAUGUCUUUAUCUGAUAAGAGAAUUAUAGAAAAAAAAACAGCAGUACCCGUAAAUAUUGUUGGAGUUUGCUGUUUUUUCGGAAAGGCCCGUUCUAUUACGUGAAAUAAUGACGUAAUGUUGAUAUGACGAAUUUUUGUGAUUCAGAUUAAACAAUUGUAUUACCAAGUGUAUUAUGAAUAUUAUUGUACAUACUUAUAUAUGAUAAUACCGUUCUUUUCAUUUAUUCUCAUAUGACUUUAUCAAUUUUCCGACUGAAAUUUAGUCUUCCCUCAGUCCUUACGUUUGUAAACGUAAUUAUUCUGAGCAUAAGAAAGUAAGCAUAGAACAUAGAAUACAUAAAUGUAAGCAUGGACUAAGGAAAUGUAAUCGUAUCUUCAAUAUCAUCUUUUACAAACAAGCUUGCGCGCCCAACGAACAAUAACCAAGCUUGUGCUUUCACAAUUUCGCAUAAACAUUUAAAGAGAUAUGUAUAUAAUUUGAUUCUGAUCACUAACAGAUUGUAAAUAAGAUUACGUAAGAUUUUAAUGUAGGACUUUAUCGAUCGCGAGCGAACAUUGUAUCUCUCUUGCGCAUUUAUUAUAUAACUAUUAUAAGUAUUAUAAUGAGAUUAUAUCAUUUCCGACAGUGUAAUAGAAUUCCUACGUUUUUUUUGGUAAAACGUAUGCGCACGCACGCGCGCACACACACACACAUACACAUAUAUAUACACACACGUAUAUAUUCGUUGUUAUAAUUUCCUAAAUAAAGCGCUUAAAAUCA